AUGACAGGUGGAAGCCAAAAAUUAACUUUAUCAGAAUUUGUUUUGUACCAGUUAGACAAACUUCUUAGUUUGUAUAUGCUCUUGCUUACUACUACUACUACUGCUACUAUUACUACUACUACUACUACUACUACUACUACUACUACUACUACUACUACUACUACUACUACUACUGCUACUACUACUACUACUGCUACUACUACUACUACUACUACUACUACUACUACUACUUGUUGA